CUUGUCUUGUGCAACAGAUGUACAAUUGUUCAAAGUACGCUUGUCUUGUGGGUGCAGCAGAAGUCAUCAAAAUUUCAAGAAAUACAACCUGCUGUUGCAACAACAUUGAUGCCAAUACCAGUUGUGACUCCUCUUGUGUCUCAGAUUGUUUCUCCAACAUUCGUGGUACAUCAAACAAUAGGUUCUAAUUUCCACACACCACAGUUCAGCAACAAUCGAGAAACUCCCACGUUGACACCCAUACCACCAGUUGCUCGAUCUUCAAGUCUUUCCUAUUCUGUUCAAACAUUUAUUCUAGCUCCCACCUCUCAAACUCCAACUCCUUCUCCAGCUUUGCCUACUGCUCCGACUACGUCUGAAUCUCCGACUACAACUGAAACUCCGACUACAUCUGAAGCUCCGACUACAACUGAAGCUCCGACUACAUCUGAAGCUCCGACUACAUCUGAAGCUCCGACUACAUCUGAAGCUCCGACUACAUCUGAAGCUCCGACUACAUCUGAAGCUCCGACUACAUCUGAAACUCCGACUACAUCUGAAGCUCCAACUACAUCUGAAACUCCGACUACAUCUGAAGCUCCGAUUACAUCUGAAGUUCCAACUACAUCAGAAGCUGCAACUACGUCUGUUCCAACUACUGCAGUUGUGACUGAUAUUGCUACUAAAGUCCCAACUGAAGAUGUCAACGAGAUCAUCACUUCUCCACCUCCAACAUCUUUUGAAACUUUGACUACUUCUCAAACGCCUACAGUAGCAGCUACUGAAACACCAACCGCUUCAGAACAUGACAUGACAUAUGAGGAAAAGCUCAAUGUUUGGAGUGACUACUUUGAGAUGUGGAAGACAGAAUUUGUUGCCUACCAAGAACAGGAGAACCAAUGCAAUUGAUGAUAAACUGUGAUGUGUAGCCAUGCAGUUAGUUAGAUAAUUAUCGUUCAUGUGUCAAACUUUACAUACUGACACAGACAGACAUUUAUUUGAGUAAUAAACAAAUU